GUGGGCUUGUGCUGGGGGCGAUGACAGCAUUGGCAUUGAGACCCUGACCCUCUGUCCCCAAGAGGAGCGCGAUGUGAGCUAGUAUCGCGCCUUGAGUUAGGCGGGGAUGGGGGAGGAGAAGACGCCCGUGGAGCCAAUGGCUGUGUCGGGGGUGCUUUUGAAAGCGCCUCAAGUCUGUGCUGCAGGAGACAGUCCUGCCGGUUGGUGGCAGAAGUAGGAAGUAGGAGUGAAUUAGGUGGAGCUUUGGCGGUGGAAGGAGCAGGAGGAGCUACUGUCCUUUUUUAACAUCUUCCUAGACUCUGCCCUUAGCCACAACCCGAAUUCCCAAGCCUUGGGUCAGCCAAACUGCCUUCUCCAUGUCCGCCCGGCAGGCUUACCGACACAUCUGUUGCAUGGGAACUCAACUCUAGGUGGAUUCCUUGCUGCCCUUCAGCACGGUUCCACUCUUACUAAGAUGAUUGGUUGUAAUUCCCUCAUCGUUGUAUUCUCAAAUUGUUCUCCUUUGCCACUCGCUCAGAAUAUUUUUAUAUCUUCUUCCUACAGCUGAGCUCUUGAUCACGUCUUGUUGCUUUCGAUCUCCUCUAACUGUUCAACUAGAUUGAUCCUGCUCAGUACUAUCAGUCAUCUUACUAAAACAUCGUUUAGGAUUGUGUUAUUUUUCUGCUCAGACACUUCCAGUGGCCGUCGAUUAACCACUGAAUGGAUUCUAAGCCCCUGACAGGGCAUUAAGUGUUUUACCUAGUUCGGCACUAAUCCGGCCGUAUUUUCCAGAAUUGUGCUAGAAAACACUUUGUCCUCCUGCUCUGUAUCUGGGCUGUUCAGUUUUUUCUUAACACGUUGCAUAGUUUGCUUAUGUCUUUGCCUCAUUUCUGUCUCCUGAACUGUUUUGAAAAUGUGGCCACUUCUUGCAUUAUGCUUUACUGAUUAUUCUAGGCAAAAGUGAUCCCAUCUUUCUUCUUCUUCACUCUUACUGCUCUUAUUUUGUACUAGUGAUUUUAUUUAUUCAAUAAUCAGUUUUGAUUGUGUGCCUACUAUGUGCUUGAUUCUGUUCUAAUUGUGAGAUAAUCAGUGAAUAAGGCAGACAGGGUUCUUACUUUCAUAGAGCAAACAUUCUAGUUGGGGCAUUGUUCAAGAAUGGAAGAGGAUACAGAUUUCAGAAUCAGAUUUAGUUCUUUGUGUUUCAUAACUGAUCAUGUUGGUUUUCAUGGCACCAUAAAAAGCUCACCAAGUGACUUCAUUGUUAUUGAGAUUGAUGAACAGGGAGAGUUAGUUAAUAAAGCCAGUGACAAACCUGUUUACAAUGUUAGUAAAGUACUACCUGAGCCAAAUAAUUUAGCUAAAAAAGCAAAACUAGAUCUUCAGAUUUUAUCUUUUGAAGAGACAAGCAAUCAAGAAGUCAGUACUUUGGCUGGGAGCUCCAGUGAUGACCACAAUUUUGUGCCUUGUUCAGAAAAGGAAGAUACUGUCAGAGAUAGAACUUCCAAAGGUGAAGAAGAAAAUGUUGAUGUAUUAGGCUCCUUGUUAGAUGAAAAAACUAAUGAAUUACUGAAUCAGUUUGCCUGUGAUAUAAAAGAGAAGUGGGACUCUCAAACUGAGCUAAUUGGACCAUCUCCUGAAUUCUCGUUAGGCAGAAUCCUUGACAAGAACCAGAGGGCUACCUUGCAUAGUGCUAUUAGGCAGAAAUUUCCUUUUUUAAUAACUGUAGGAAAAAACAGUGAAAUUGUUGUAAGACCAAAUCUUGAGUAUAAAGAACUUUGUCACUUGGUAUCUGAAGAGGAAGCAUUUGACUUUUUUAAAUAUUUGGAUGCAAAGAAAGAAAAUUCCAAAUUUACCUUUAAACCUGAUACAAACAAAGAACACAGGAAAGCUGUCCACCAUUUUGUCAACAAAAAGUUUGGAAAUCUAGUGGAAACCAAAUCCUUUCCUGAACUGAAUUACAGUGCUGAUAAUCCAAAUGUAGUGAUAACUGUAAGAUUUCGGGUAAAAGCACACAAACACUGGAAGAGGUCUCUUCAUGAAUGCCAGGGAAGAAAAGAUAUUUACACAGCUUUUACCCUACAAAAAGAAAAUCUAGAAAUGUUUGAAGCAGUUGGUUUUUUAGCUGUCAAACUUGGCGUGAUUCCUUCGGAUUUUAGUUAUGCAGGACUUAAAGACAAGAAAGCCAUCACUUAUCAAGCAAUGGUGGUUAGAAAAGUAACACCAGAGAGGUUGAAAAAUAUUGAAAAAGAAGUUGAAAAGAAAAGAAUGAAUGUGUUUAACAUUCGGUCUGUAGAGGAUUCCCUUAGACUUGGUCAGCUCAAAGGAAAUCACUUUGAUAUUGUCAUCAGAAAUCUAAAAAAUCAAAUAAAUGAUUCUGCAAACCUGAGAGAGAGAAUUUUGGAGGCAAUAGAAAAUGUUAAGAAUAAAGGGUUUGUGAAUUACUAUGGACCACAGAGAUUUGGGAUGGGAAGGAAAGUUCACACAGACCAAAUUGGAUUGGCUUUGCUGAAGAGUGAAACGGUGAAGGCUGUAAAAUUGUUUUUUACACCAGAAGAUUUGGAUGAUCCUGUAAAUAGAGCAAAGAAAUAUUUUCUUCAGACUGAGGAUGCUAAAGGCACACUUUCACUGAUGCCCGAAUUCAAAGUUCGGGAGAGAGCACUGCUAGAGUCACUGCACCGCUUUGGCGUGACAGAGGAGGGCUGCAUCCAGGCGUGGUUCUCCUUCCCCCAUUCUAUGCGCAUAUUCUACGUUCAUGCAUACAGCAGCAAGAUCUGGAAUGAGGCAGUAUCUUACAGACUUGCAACUUAUGGCUCAAGAGUUGUGGAGGGUGACUUGGUCUGUUUGGAUGAAGAUACUGACAAUGAGCAGUUACCGAGUAGUAAAGUUCAUCUAGUAACCAAAGAAGAGGAAUCAGCUAACACAUAUGCGAUACAUCAGGUGGUUCUUCCAGUGCUUGGAUACAACAUUCAGUACCCUAAAAACAAAUUAGGGCAGUGGUACCAGGAAGUACUCAGCAGAGAUGGACUACAGACAUGUAAAUUUAAAAUACCUACCCUGAAACUGAAUGUUCCAGGGUGCUAUAGGAAGAUUUUGAAACAUCCCUGUAAUCUCUCAUACCAGCUGAUGGAAGACCAUGGUAUUGAUGUCAAGAAGGAAGGUUCCCACAUUGAUGAAGCAACUUUAUCCCUUUUGAUCUCUUUUGAUCUUGAUGCUUCGUGUUAUGCUACAGUUUGUCUGAGGGAAAUAAUGAAGCAUGACUUUUAAAACUGAUACCUUUGAUAUAGUCAUGUGUGUGCCACUUUUUAAAGGAAAGUGAAAAGGGAGCUAAAAUUUGAGUGUCUACCAUGUUCUAGGAGAUUUAUCAUUGUUAUCUCCUUUAAUUACACACCAUCCCAAUGAAGUAGGAAUUUGAUGCUCACAUUGAAGAGGACAUAUAGCUAGUAAGUGGCAAGAUCUGAACUUAAGACUCCAAAGCCUUUGUUUUUUUCUAUUAUCUAAUGUCUCAAUGACCUUUAUUCUGUGCUAUAAAAGUUAAAAUCUUUCUGGACUAUUAGGAGCAUACUGCAAGAUAACAUUAUAGAAGGAAACAUUAAAGAAAAACUUUAGGAGUAAUGUUUAUAUCCCCAGACUCCUUGCUUAAAAUGUAGAUUAAACUAAGUUGUAAUGAAAACAUAUGGUUGGAGAGAAAGAUGAAGCAUUUUGUUAAUUAGUGCCAUUCUUUUCUAUUUUUGAAAGUAUUGAUCAGAAUAGUACUUCAGGAAAAUGUUAUCUCUCUAUUUAUUAAUAUGAUAUGCAAGGAGAUCCAACCAGUCCAUCCUAAAGGAGAUCUCUCCUGGGUGUUCAUUGGAAGAACUGAUGUUGAAGCUGAAACUCCAGUACUUUGGCCACCUGAUGCGAAGAGCUGACUCAUUUGAAAAGACCCUGAUGCUGGGAAAGACUGACGGCAGGAGGAGAAGGGGAUGACAGAGGAUGAGACGGUUGGAUGGCAUCACCAACUCAAUGGACAUGGGUUUGGGUGGACUCUCGGAGUUGGUGAUGGACAGGGAGGCCUGGUGUGCUGCGGUUUAUGGGGUCACAAAGAGUCGGACCAACUGAGCGACUGAACUAAACUGAACUGAUUCCAGGGUAGUAUUAGUAUGAUAUCCCCUUUAUUAAAUAAAUGAUUUUUAAUGAACAUUGAAAUACAUUUUUAUACAGUUUCUUUAUUUUGACAUAUACUGACCCCCCACUUUUUUGUAAUUUUUGUUCUGUCAUCUAGAACAUAAAUUUUUAGAGUCAGAUCUGUGCUCAGACUCCAGCUCUGACACUUACUAGUGACUGAAUGUUAUUGAUUCUUUUUGAGGCUCAUUUAAGGAAUCAAGAUGGCACCAACCUCAUAAACAACAACUAAUAGAAUUAUCUCCACCUUUUUAAUGUUUCUAGAGGAAGAAAACAUUUUACCCAUUCUGAAAUUUAAAUAUGUCUUAACUGUAUUCAUUUAUUUAUUUUAAUUGGAGGAUAAUUACUUUACAAUAUUGUGAUAGUUUUUGCCACACACUGACAUGAAUCAGCCAUAGGUGUACAUGUGUCCCCCCAUCUUGAACCCCCUCCCCCCUCCCCCCUCCCUCCUCACUUCAUCCCUCUGGAUUGUCCCACAGCACUGGCUUUGGGUGCCCUGCUUCAUGCAAUGAACUUGCACUGGUCAUCUGUUUUACAUAUGGUAAUAUACAUGUUUCAAUGCUGUUCUCUCAAAUCAUCCCACCCUCGCCUUCUCCCACAGAGUCCAAAAGUCUGUUCUUUACAUCUGUGUCUCUUUCAGAGAGACAGGUCAUCAUCACCAUCUUUCUAAAUUCCAUAUAUAUACGUUAAUAUACUGUCUUUGUGUUUCUCUUUCUGACUUACCUCACUGUAUAAUAGGAUCCAGUUUCAUCCACCUCAUUAGAACUGACUCUAGUGCAUUCUUUUUUAUAGCUGAGUAAUACUCCAUGUGUGUAUGUACCACAACUGCCUUAUCCGUUCAUCUGCCAAUGGACAUCUAGGUUGAUUCCAUGUCCUAGCUAUUGUAAAUAGUGCUGCAAUGAACAUUGGGGUACUGUGUCUUUUUCAAUUCUAAAUAUUUGUUAGUUUAACUAUUCCAUGUCACAAAUCUCUUUAACCACUUUAUAUCAGUUGAAUUGGGGAGGAAAUGGAAUGUACUGAUUGGAAAAAUCUGAGCAUUCUUUUAUUGCUGGUAGCAUUACGUAAUGAUUUAAAUUUAAAAUACUGUAGAGAGUAUUAUAUGUUAGUAAUGUGGUACUUUUAUAUAUUUAGGUCAGUGAAACCAUUUUGGAUAUAUUAACAUACAGAAAUAAAAUUUAAAAGAAGAAAAAAACUAUAUGCAAUGUGAAUUUGCUUAGUGUAACAUUUUUAUAUAUAGAAAGAAUCAGUUUGAAAGUCCAGCAUUAGCUAACCUAAAGUAAAAUGAGAUGGAACAGUUUGAUUGCAAAACAUGUAGGUAUUAAACAUGAAGGUUUUAUGUAUGUGAGAAAAUAUUGCCCCUCAAAAGUAUAUGUAAAACACAAAUGGAGUGUAUACACUAAAUGCAGCUUUUACACGGGGGGGGGGCACUUCUGAAUAGUGAUUAAAAACAUGGAUACUGGAGACAAACUCUGGUUUGAAGCUUGGCUCUGCCACUUACAGCAGUGUUGCCUUACGAGUGUGUGUUUCAGUUCCAACUUCUAUAAAAACAGGGAUGGUAAUAAACAUACCUCUUAGGAUUAUUGUGACGAUUUUCUGAGUUAAUGUAUGUAAAGCAGCUUAGAAAAGUGCCUAGCACUUAGUUGCUGUUAAAUAAAUGUCCACAAAUCCAAGUUUGGAAGGGAACAGAAAGAAAUGAAAAGGUCAUUCUGUUAAGAUCAUAGAAUGUUUGGGAUUUUUUUAAUACUAGAAGGUUCCUGUUUUGUCUUUAUAUAUUUUAAUAAUUAAUAAAUUCAGGACACAAAAAUUGCAGAUUGUUAUACUGUGGAUUUUCAAAAUUACCUUUAUUACCUAAUGUUCAUUGAAAAUGAAAUGAUGCUGUAUUAGGUAGCAAUUAAUGUUUUAAUUUUUAUAUGGUAAAUUAUAUCUUGUAAAUAUAAUCUGAAAGUGAAUUACUAAAUAAUUAAAUCCCAAUUUUCUUUUAAACAUUGGGUAGCAAUUAGAAAAUAUGAAAGCAUUAAAAGUGUGUCAUCAUUGACAGUAUUUUCUUUGCCUCUAGGUGGCACUAUAAUUUUAGCUAUGUAUUUAGCACUUUGGCCCUGUGUAAAGAAAGGAUCACUAAACUUAUUUCAAGUUACCAUAAAAUGUAUUCAGAUAAUGUUCAUGUGGAAAAUU